AUGGCCACGAUCCAGGUGUGGUUUUGGGGCCUGCUGGCACUGCUGUUGGUUUGCGAGGCCAUUGGACCGGUUUCGCCGUACAAGCUGUCAUCAUCCGACCCGGACACGAUACGGAUCAAUCUGGGCAAUAAAAAGCUCGUGAAGGAAACGGUGCCACUGUACAUGAAGCUGAUCAUCAAGUGCAAUUUCGACAGCCCGACGUGGUACAAGAACGGCAAGCAUAUUCCCGUCGAUCAUAGGCGCGCCAAAUCGCUUCGAUUUGAGAUGGUACGCAAAUCCGACGCCGGUUACUACUCGUGCGGUUCCGAAUUCAACGAAUGGUCCAAUCUGACGCUAUCCGUGUUCAGCCAGGAGACGGACCAGUACCAGAGUGAUGGAGCCGGGAUGGCCAAUCUGGAGCGGAAGAUCCUGCACCCAACGUCCGGGGCGUCCGUUUCCGGUGGUGCCAAACAGCUGGACAUACUGGACAAUGAUCUGAAGGAAGGUCCGCCCAGGAUGCUCGGUACACAAAACGCCCUGCCACUUGACCCGGUCGUGCUCGAGGUGGGCGAAACGUACCGGUUGGAGUGUGACGCUGUCGGUCAGCCUCAACCACACAUCAGCUGGCUAAAGGACGGCCAGGAGUACCGAGACAACGCGUACAAGUCAACGAUCGUGUUCAAGCGCCUGAUGGCAACCGACACCGGCACCUACGUGUGCCUGGCGUGCAACAUGUACGGGUGCGUAAACACCACCACCGAGCUGGACGUGGUGGAAUCAGCAGAAUCCGAACCUGCGUAUAUUCAGCACAACAACAUGGAGAGUCACUCGCAGCUGCAGGGUGAUCUCCGGCCAGGAUCUGGCCAGAGUGGUGUUAUGAUGCGAGCGUUGGGGAUGUACCCGUUAGCGAUCGACAACCGACAGGAUAAGCCGGAGGAGGACAUGGAUCACGAGGAUGACGAUGAGGACGAAAAGGGAUACGCAACGAACGAAACUGGCUUCCAGACGAGCGACCCUGUCGGGACGGUAAACGGAUCCGGAACUCCUCAAGCCGAUCAAGCUCCGUACUUUACGAAAACUGAGCAGAUGUCAAAGCUGAUCCCGAAACCCUCGGGUAAUAUGGUGCGAUUGCGAUGUCCUGCCGACGGUUACCCGAAACCCAACAUAACCUGGACGAAGGAUGGCCAAGAGAUCGUGCGAGCCAUGGGCCAUGCGAAGAAGGUGAACUGGGCAAUUGUGCUGGAAGAUCUGGUACCGCAGGACUCCGGGCUCUACAACUGCAAGGUGUGCAACCGCGUGGGAUGCGUCAACUUCACUUCCAAGCUAGAGGUGAACGACCGUUUUCCCGCUCGUCCGCAUUUUAUCGAAAGUCCAAAGAACGUGACCGCUUUAGUCAACUCAACUGCCAUCUUCCGGUGUCCGACAAUUUCCGAAAUGGAGCCGCACAUAGAGUGGGUGAAGUUUCUGAUCGUCGAUAGCGACAAUGUGAUCAUACCGGAUAACGUUACUAAACUAGAGCGCGAUCCGGAUAGCCCCGAGGUGUUGACGCUGGAAAACGUUACCCAUGCAGAUGAAGGUUGGUACACGUGCAUCGCGGCGAAUAGUCUUGGCACAUCCUAUGAGAGUGCGUAUCUGUCGGUGGUGGAUGAACUUCCGCCAGAGGACAAUCCGACGGCGCAUCCCGUACGCACCCAGUCUACGGUGAUCAUGGUGAUGACGUUUGUUCUGUCCGCGUGCUUCAUGGUACUGGCGAUAGUGGUCAUCAUCGUCUGCAAGAAGCUAAAGCGCGAAAAAAUGAAGCAUCGUGCUAUGGAACACGUCAACCAGUGGACGAAGAAGGUGAUCGUACUGAAGCAACCAGUCGUCGAGGGCAGCAUUCCCGGAAUUUCUGAGGCACUACAAAUGCCGAUAGUACGUAUCGAAAAGCAACGAUCGACACUCGUUCAAAGUGGCAAUUGUGAUCCGACCAUGAUCUCGGAGUACGAGUUCCCGAUCGAUCUGAAUUGGGAGUUCCCGAGAAAUAAGCUGCAUCUCGGCAAGAGCCUCGGCGAGGGAAUGUUUGGAAAGGUUGUCAUGGCCGAAGCUCAUGGUCUUGUGAAAGGUCACCCGUCAACGGUGGUGGCAGUGAAGAUGCUUAAGGAGGGUCACACGGAUGCCGAUGUGAAAGAUCUUGUUUGCGAGAUGGAGGUGAUGAAGAUGAUUGGCAAGCAUGUGAACAUUAUCAACCUAUUGGGGUGUUGCUGCAAAGAAGGACCACUGUACGUUAUCGUAGAGUACGCACCGCACGGCAAUCUGAAGAACUUUCUGCGAAGUCACCGUCUCGGCUCAAACUAUGAAGCUGCUGGAGAGAAGGAAAAGAAGAUUCUCACCCAAAAAGAGCUGAUUUCGUUUGCGUAUCAAAUAGCACGUGGCAUGGAACAUCUCGCUUCAAGAAGGUGCAUUCAUCGCGAUUUGGCGGCACGAAAUAUUCUGGUGAGCGACAACUAUGUGAUGAAGAUUGCCGAUUUCGGGCUGGCUAGAGAUAUUCACGAUCAGGAGUACUACCGUAAGACGACAACUGGCAAGCUGCCGAUCAGAUGGAUGGCACCGGAAUCGUUGGAAGAAAAGUUCUAUGAUUCGCAAAGUGACGUAUGGUCUUUUGGUGUGCUCUUGUGGGAAAUCAUGACACUAGGUGGAAAUCCGUAUCCCUCGAUACCAACGUGGGAUAACCUGCUUGAGCAUUUGAAAAAGGGCAAGCGAAUGGAAAAGCCACCGUUAUGCUCCAUAGAAAUUUAUCUUUUCAUGCGCGAAUGCUGGCACUACCGUCCGGAAGAGCGACCGACGUUUAGCGAAAUCGUGCAGCACCUGGAUCGACUCGUGAGCAUAACAUCUAACGAGGAAUACCUAGAUCUAGGACUUCCGCAAUUAGAAACACCGCCAUCUAGUGACGAUAGCGACGACGAAGACGACGAGGAAGAUUGUGACGAUCAAGCAGGAGCGGAACACGAACGCGUGCACAUGUAUCGAUUUAAUAGAAGCUACAACAACGACUGUAUCUACUAGCCAUAGUGCCAUGAAGGAUGGAGCAGUACCUUCGGACGAUAAUCUAGGUGACCACUUUCAGCAUAGGAUAUUUAUUGUACAGGAUGGUUGAAUAAAUGUGUUUUUGAGGUCUCAGUCCGGUUAUGACGCGUAUCGUUAGAAUGUAGACGUUAAGUUUGAACAAGACUGUAUUUAUUUGAUGUAAUUUAGGGUAUUGUAGCCGUAAUCAAAACAACGAAGGAGGGAAAACUAGUCAAUAACUGCGGAUCCUUUCGAGCAGCAUAUCCAAAUCAUACUGUGUAGAGUCGGUACCACGACGACGCUGAGGCCAUUAAAUUGUAAUUCAUUUAAUCUGUCGAUGUGCUUCACAGGGCAUGAUACGAACGCCAAAGUAGUUCCAAUACGUGUUUGCUAGUGCAGUGUUUAGUUUAAGAUGAGCUCUUAAAAUAGAUUCAUUAUUAAUUAAUUGGCAUCCAAAAUGCACUGAAUAUUAGAUGUGGUGUAAUUUAACUUGUACAGGUAAUAACAAAACCACUCCAUGAAGGUCGAAGGAAUACGUAAGGAUAGGUAUCGUAAAAGAAAAGAUCAAAUAGUAUUACUGUAAAUAGGCUAGAAUUGAUCGAAAACCCCAAACCAACGAGCGCGUGUAAAAAUCGUAAUA